GAAGUGCGUCGCGGCUGCCGGGAGCGGGGCAGGGGGGAGCGGCGGGGCCUGUCAGCGCUCCCUCCUGCCGCGGCGGCCGGUGGAGUGAAGCCAUGGCUAUCCUGUUUGCUGUGGUGGCCAGGGGCACCACCAUCCUUGCCAAACAUGCCUGGUGUGGAGGAAACUUCCUGGAGGUGACAGAGCAGAUCCUGGCCAAAAUCCCAUCGGAAAACAACAAACUGACCUACUCCCAUGGGAAUUAUCUGUUCCAUUACAUCUGCCAAGACAGGAUUAUAUACCUCUGCAUCACAGAUGAUGACUUUGAACGGUCCAGAGCCUUCAGCUUCCUGAAUGAAAUCAAGAAGAGGUUUCAGACCACGUAUGGCUCCAGAGCACAGACAGCCCUUCCCUAUGCAAUGAACAGCGAGUUCUCCAGUGUCUUGGCUGCUCAGCUGAAACACCACUCGGAGAGCAGGGGCCCUGACCAGGUGGCAGAGACACAAGCUCAGAUUGAUGAACUUAAAGGAAUCAUGGUCCGAAACAUAGACCUUGUGGCACAAAGAGGAGAGAAGCUGGAGCUGCUGAUUGAUAAAACAGAGAAUCUUGUGGAUUCAUCAGUCACUUUCAAAACCACCAGCAGGAACCUAGCCAGAGCCAUGUGCAUGAAGAACCUCAAGCUCACCAUCGUCAUCAUCAUCGUCUCCAUUGUCAUCAUCUAUAUCAUCCUCUCAGCAGCCUGUGGUGGGCUGGCCUGGCCAAGCUGUGUGCAGAAGUAACUGAGGCAGCUGGUGCUGGUCACUGGGAGAUGGGAAUCACCAGAGUGUGAAGAAGCAACCUACAGAGUAACUCUCAAGUCUGUCACUACUGACACCUUCUCAUCCUUCCAUCCCUCCAGGACUUCAGAUGUUUGCCUUAUCACCCCAAACAGGCCCAGCUGGUCCCUGCUUCUGGGCAGCUUAACCUCAAGGAUGGGCUGUUUGAAAUUACUUGAAGGGAUUAUUUUUUUUUUUAAAUUUUGUUCCUUUUUCUGUCCCAACUACAACCUCCUCAGCUGGGUGGGGGGUCUGCCCAGCUCUGGAGGGUUCCACGCUGGGCUGUGUCCCUGGAGCUUUGCGCUUGGGUGAGACCAGCCCUGCAGCCACUGUCCUGCCCACAGGAAGGUGUCAGAGGGUGGCUGAGGGGGAGGGACGAGGUGGGUGUAUGAAUUUCCACUUCCUCCCAACGCUGGGAGGUUCAGGUGGCUCUCCCUGCACAUCUGGCCUGAUGUGCUUCGGUAGCAUUUCCACAGGUGGAGGUUGCACGUGUCACACGGCAGGAACGGCGCAACCGGCCGCGCGGGGGUGGGUGCUGCUGCUGCACCACAUCUCCUGGUCCUGGAGGUCGUUCUGCAGGUGGUAGCAGAGGCUGUGGGGUCGCCUCAGCAUUUAGAAAUGGCUGCCUCUUCAUCCUCACUUCUUCCUCAUCUCCCCCCCUUAAUUUGGGGCUGAAUCAAGUCAGCAAAGAGGUGGUUGCCUCGAGUUAAGGGCGCAGUCACGUAUCUGCUUCCUCACGUUAUUUCUCCUGUUCUUCUUUUGAGGGUGGACUAAAAUGAAUAUUAACGUUAUCACUUGCUAAGGUGAAAUUGGGGCCAAUCGACUGAUCUGGCUUGAUAAGGUGUCAGGUGUCUGCUGCUUGUGCUUCUCCUCUGAAGGUGCGUGCUCAGAACUGAGGCCAGGGAGGGGACAGAAGGCUGGAGCUGAUGGUCACUUCCUCUAUGGCCAGAAGAAGAAAGGCUCUUUAGAGGAUGCAGUGACUUGUGCUCCUCUGUAGAGAGAAUUCCAAACCAAACCCAAGGCUAGUAACCAAAUGUGGGAGGGUGUGCUGAGGAUGUGCUGCCCUUGGAGAGAGGGGCUGCUGGGCUGCUGCUGGACACCAUGCCAUGUUCCUGUCCCUGCUGUGGUCCUGCAGCCACAGGGGUUGGUGGCUGGGGUGAGGGUGUAGGAACUCCUGUCUUGGAUCUUAGGGGCUCAUUUCCAAGAGAAGAAAUAGAAACAACUGCAAUCUCCCAGAAGCAGCAGAUGGUCUGCAAAGGAGGCUGUGUCUUUUUGGCCCAAGGAAGUGGCUUCUAGUGGUGGGUGGAAGCUGUCGAGGUGUGGGAAGGGGAGGCUUCAUUUGGUGACAAAAUUCCAGUGUUUGGUGCUGUGGGCUCCCUGCAGUGACACCAAACUGCUGCUCCUCCACCUGUGGUUCCUGGUGUGUGUUACACCUCCAGCAGGUGCCUGAUGAAGAGUUGUCCUAUCAACUUGUUCUCACUCAGAUUUGUCUUCUAGUAGGCUGAAAUGUCACUGAGGGGAACUCAGCUCUUGAUAUCCAGAAGAUGCCAAUGGUUCUGAUCAGCACCCUGGUCUCUGGCAUCUGUUUCUGUUUGUGUUAAUCACGUGUAAAGCUGAAGAUUCCUCCCUCUGACCUUCUCCUCCAGCCACCCCCAGCUCCGUGUGCAACUGUGCAUGUUUUAGGGAUUGUUGAUGUUACUGUGUUCAUUUCUAUGAUUUAUUGUCUUAUGUACAAAUACUUUUUAAAGAUCCUUCCUUCCCUUUUACAGGAUGCACUGAGGCAUUAGUGUAAAAACAGAGUUAACUUGAUUUAAAUAAAAUGACUGUACAGGAA